GAAUCCCUUCUUUGCAACUAAUUCCACCCUCCACCCUCGAUCCUUUCAGGCACAGAGACGAUGGCCGACCAAACAAUAGGGCUCCCUCAGCUGCUCAUAUUGCUAGUUCUUGGCGCAUUCGCGAUUCGAUACAUCUUCUUCUCGUCAGGCAACACUUCGUCGCAAAAUCGAAGCACGACGUCAGCAAACAACAUACGCGCGAGGGAAGCAGAUGUGGAAAGGAUACAGCAGAUGUUCCCGCAAGUUUCGCGGCGGAGUAUAAUGUGGGAUCUACAGCGGAACGGGGGAAACGUGGUGGCUACUACGGAGAGGAUAUUGAGCGGGCGCGGAUUGGAAGUGCCUCCGCAGUCUUUCCAACCUCCUCUGCCAGUUCCAGCUUCCUCCUCAUCAACAGCCACCUCUACACCAGCACAAGUGAAGCCUUUACAACCGGACCUUAUAACUCGAUAUAACCUUAAAACGAGGAUCGCAGAUGAAGCUACGAGACGGGAGGGGUCGGAAAGUACGGAAGAGGAUGUGACGCCUGGGAAGCAAAAGCAGGGACAAGCUUGGAGUUCAAACAAAACGGAAAGGCAGGCUUUACUACAGAGGAGGAGAGAGGAGAUGAUUCUGGCUGCGAGGAGGAAGAUGGAGGCUAAGGUUGCGGCGGAGGGUGGCCAGGGGAAGCCGGGAGUGUGAGGGGGGUUGUAAUUGAGGGGUUCUGAAUUAUCAUUCGACCUGCAUUAACGGAUGCGAUGUACAAGACCUUGUAUAGCAUAUCUAUAAUGGAAAGCGUGCCAGUGAGCCGUCCUGCAGUUUCUCCUUCACCAACGUUUGAGGGACUAAUGCUUGGUGUGAUCUAGCAUGUGGCUACUAUCCGA